AUGCACCCUUCGCAGAGCAAUCGUCAUUACGAGGGGUUUAACUACACCAAAGGAUACGCCGAGGGACCCCCUACGCAGGGUGGAUUUCUCCCGGCAAGCGAAUCCCGCGAGAUCUCCGCGAGCCCCUCGUUCAACCUCGCCGGGGGCUCCACCUUAGUCCGACGGGGGACCUUUCAUAACACGGCUUCCCCGACCAGUGAAGCGGGCGGUUAUGGCUACUUCCACCGCCAUUCUCAGAGUCUCGGGGAGUAUAGCGGGUUCGCCGUGAGCGAUACCGGAUCGAACCUUUCCCAUCCGCUUAACAACACCCACCACCACCCGAGCGGCAGCGGCGCGGCGCAGCGGAAAGGCCCGCAUGGCCACUCCAUCCGCUCCCCGGUUUGCGUGCGAAUCGGCGAACCUUCCGGCGGCGGAGGGGCAGAGGGGCUUUCCGCACCCCUUCCUUCCCCGGCGGGCGUGAUGGGCGAGGGGAAUCCCCCGCAUAGCGCGUCCUCCUCCGUGGUGAACGCGGGCGCGGCGCCGCUCACGACCUCCGUUUCCUUUCUCCCCCCCCCUCCCGUGCAAUCGCAUAAAAUGAUCCCGCCUCCGAUCACGGUUUCCAGUGGGGGAGGGGGCGUCCUCCCGGAGGACGCCGCACGCGCCCCUCAGCCGCCGCAAUUUCGCCCGUCCAUGCCGUUUAUUCCCGCCCCGAUCUUCGGCGCGGAGGAGGCGGACUCGCGGUUGAAUCUCGCCUACCCCCCUCCUUCCCAACCCCUUCCAGCCUCCACGAGCACGAGCGCCGGGUCGUUGCUGCGAAACUCCCUCAAAAGCGCGUUAGGAGGGCUGUUGCGGGAUUUAGACGGCGCCGAGGCGGGAGACGCACCGAAGCAGCCGAUUCCGCUCCAUCAGCUGCGCUUUGGCUUCCCGGAGGACGACCUGCCGCUGCUGCAAGAGCUCGGGAUCGACCUCCGUGGGAUCUGGCGGCGCACGCGGGUGGCUUUAAACCCUUUUGGGAAGGCGCCACGGCUGUCAACCUCGACGUCGACGUCGACGCCAUCCGUGGGGGUAGGGGGAGCGACCGUGCAGGAGGCAACAGACCUCGCCGGCCCCCUCGUCUUUGCCGUCGCCCUCGCCCUGCUGCUUUCCCUGCAGGGGAAGAUUCAAUUCAGUGCGAUUUAUAGCCUCUGUGUGGUGGGGGUUGCGUUUUUUAAGAUCCUGCUCGCCCUCAUGCACGACGGUGGGGCGCCGUUGCAGUUUAUCGUGAGCUGCCUAGGCUACGCGUUGAUGCCGAAUCUGCUGCUCGCGGCGCUGCGGACGCUGCAGGUGUGGAUUUUCGGCACCUUCACCCAUCUUUUGCUGCCUUUUGCGUGGGUGGUGAUUCUGUGGUCGUCGUGGUGCGCGACGAAGCUGUUAGUGGAGGGGCUUUCGAUGCAGCCCCAGCGGUAUUUGAUUUUAUACCCGAUGAGUCUGUUCUACGCAGUGUUCGCCGUCUUGACGAUUUUCUAG